UUUUUUCAUUCUCUCCGCUCAAACUUGUCAGGGUAUACUUCUCCCAUAUAGAGAUGGCUAGUGUUACAUUCUGGAUUAUAGCUUCCCUGUGUACAUGUACCUUUCUACACACAAAUGGUUAUCUUAUCAAGCAGCAGAGCCUUUGUAAAACAACACACUAUACAGAUGAAUGUGGAUAUGUUGGCUUGUUAUGGAACUGCAGCGGUCUAGGAUUGAGCACACUUCCAAGUGAAAUAUCUACAGGGCCAUAUAACCUGGCCAUAGAUAUAUCUCAGAACGAUUUCCGUGUGGUAUCUAACGAAUCAUUUCUCAACAUUUCUCUUCAAGUUUCAUUGAAAGUAAAAGCCAUUUACUUACGACACAACAAACUACAAUCGAUAAAAGGUGGAGCAUUUUCACAAUUCAAAAACCUUUGUGUCCUUGACGUGAGCGGCUGUGGACUACAGAAGAGUUCCUUGGAGAGCCAGUCCUUUGCUAGUCUUCCUAAUGUCAAAUUUCUCAGCAUACACAGUAACAGCUUUCAACAUGGCGGAUAUCCUGACCUGGAGAUUCCUCGUCUGUCAGCUUUACAAAAUCUUUCUAUUGAUGUCUUUUCUGGAUUUCAUUUCAACGAUAACUUUACAAAUUUGAAGAAAUUAAGCAGUGUUGUAUUCCAUACAAUGGGGUCUCCAUUUCAUUUGACAAAUGUCACAUUUCGUGGUCUCAUUGAUUCACCAAUACAUUAUCUGGAUAUGAGGUUUACGAACAACGCAUACUGCGAUAUCAGUGAAGAUUUAUUUUGUUGUUUCCCAUUCAUCAAAGGGAUCUAUUUUACCAUUGGAGAGAAAUGUGAAUUGGAUCCAGUUCUGAGGUCUUUGAAAUGCCUUCAAAACAGGACGUUAGAUUAUCUCCAAAUUCCAGAUAACACAAAAACGUUUUCAGGCAAUGAAAUAAUUCUUAACGAAUGGAAUUGUGAAUAUCUAUUCAAUAUUUGCGCAAAGUAUGUUGAUUUGGGUGGAAAUAAAAUAUCGGGUGUUUCGGUUGAUCCAUGGAAAACGAUGUUAGGCCAAUGUAUCGAAAUACUAUAUUUGUCAGGUAACAAAAUACUGCGGAUAGAUACAUAUAUUUCUGUACAUCUUUUCAGUUUUUAUCCGAAACUAAGAGAUCUCUAUGUAGAAGACCAUAAUAUCCUACCACCAGUUAUACACCCUGUCUAUGUAGAAAACCAUAAUAUCCUACCACCAGUUAUACACCCUGUCUAUGUAGAAAACCAUAAUAUCCUACCACCAGUUAUACACCCUGUUGUAUCCCUGUUGUAUUUGAAAAAAAUACAUUUUACAUAUAGAUUAUCUCCUCAACUGCAAUUAAUAGAUUACACAGAUCAUUUCAUUCACAGCGUACAUUUCCAAGCAGAUUUUACUAUUAUUGGCAGAGCUUUAGAGGAACUCUUCAUCAGCAAUACAAACUUCCCCAUUAACGAUAUGACUCCAUUCCAAACCCCAGAGUUAAGAGUUAUUGACAUUUCCAAUAAUGACUGUAGUAAAAUACCUAACAUAUUCAGUUCUUCACAUAAUCUAGCAUCAGUAAAGGCAUCAAAGACAAAAAUAAAUUUCUCAGCUCCCAAAAGUCAACAUUUAUUUAAAAAUCUUUCAAAACUGCAAACACUAGACUUAAGCUAUAAUGCUAUAGAAACAUUACCCAAAUAUCUUCUCAGUGAUCAAAACAAAUCAAUUUACAUUCUGAAUCUGGAUAACAAUUUACUUUCCUCCAUUCCCUUUACUGUUUCCAUGCUGACCAACCUUUCACGAUUGUACGUUCGACACAAUAGAAUAUCGUUCUUUCAGUCCUCAGACAUUGCUGUCUUGAGUGAGCUCCAUAAAGUCAAAAUAUUCAUCGAAGGAAACCCAAUCAGCUGCACCUGUUCACAUUUAUCGUCAUUGAAAUGGAUGAAAGAAAACCCAAUGCGUUUUGGAGACUGGCGAAUUACACAAUGUCUACAGCUCAAACAAACUUUAUCUCAACUUUUUCGUGAGAAAACGUUUAGAACGUUUGAAUUAAACUGCCAGACAAAAGACUGGCUGAUAUACUCAUCGAUCGUACUCUUCCUUAUCGUCCUUAUCAUCGUUUUACUUGGAACCAUGACAAAAUAUCGCGUGCAUGUGGAUUACGUCAUCUUAAGAUUACGUCAUAGAUGGAAAGGGGUGAUGAAUAGUAAACACAAAAAUGACUACGGGUUUGACGUGUUUAUAUCAUUUUCCGAACACGAUUACGAAUGGGUUGUAAACACAAUGUAUCAUGAAUUGACAAAACGUAAUGUGAAAGUGAGUCUUCCCGACAAGGAUUUCAUUCCAGGCUUAUCCAAAGCGGACGAAAUGCUGCGAUGCAUUGACGACAGUCGAAAAGUAGUGUUCGUUGUUACCGAAACGUUUCUAAAAAGUGGAUGGGAGUCCUACGCUGUCCAGAUGACAGUUACACAUGCUUUUCAUAACAAUCGAGAAAGAUCCAUGGUUGUGUUGAUGAAGGACAACGUCCCUAUCAUAAAGAUGCCUAGAGAUCUGAGAUACGUGUGGUGGUCGCUGGAGGUUAUAAAACAGGCAGAUUUCGAAAACAAUUUGGAUUGUUUCUGGGAUCAUAUUGCUAUCCUUCUACAAUCACAAUAAAAUAUCAAUACUAAA